GGCCGAUCGUGACAGCGAGGGCGGUUCUCCAAGGUACGGCAGAAUUGCCGUGCGACAUUCGUCCUCCGCGACAAAAUGAUUCGGCGAUAUUGGUGGUUUGGUAUAAAAGCGAUAUCACGCCUAUAUACAGUUACGAUAUGAGGGGUAAACAGUCGGAAAAGGAUUCGCACUGGAACGAUAAGAAUCAUUUGAACGAUCGUGCCUUCUUCAGAACGGUUACCGAACCGGCAACGUUGAAUAUCAAUCGCAUCGAGGAGAGAGACGGAGGUGAAUACAGGUGUCGAGUAGAUUUUGCCAAGAGCCCUACCAGAAAUUCCAGGAUUCAUCUCACGGUUAUAGUACCGCCGCAUAAACCGAACAUCAUCGACGAGCAUGGGACGAUUGUGCAAACGGUAACAGGUCCGUACGAAGAGAACGAGGAUAUGAAAUUGCAGUGUCUGGUGUCAGGGGGCCGGCCAGAGCCAAAAGUAAAAUGGUGGCGUGGAGAAAUGCUUCUCGACUCGACGGACGAACCGGGAGAAUUCCCAUCCCUUCGUAGAAACACUUUAACAGUGAAACAACUUUCAAGAGCUGAUCUUCACGCGGUGUUUAUUUGUCAAGCAUCCAACAACAAUAUCAGUCAACCUGUUUCAGCGUCCGUUACCAUUGAAAUGCAUUUGAAGCCAAUGUCUGUAACGAUAUUGAGCAAUGAGCACACGCCUCUUAGUGCCGGUCGAAAGUAUGAUAUAAAUUGUAUAACCGUUGGAUCGAGGCCACCAGCUAAGUUAUCUUGGUACAUGAAUGGAAAGAAAUUGAAUAAUCACACGGAGAAGGUGUCUCAAGAUGGGAACACGACCAGUUCCACGCUAAUCCUGAAACCAACUUUAUCCGAUCACGAUAAAAUGAUAACUUGUCGGGCGGAAAACUCCAAGAUUCAACGAAGUAUAGUGGAAGAUACGUGGAAAUUAAACGUAUUUUUCGUUCCAAUUUUACAUCUCAAGUUAGGAUCGAAUAUGAAUCCGGACGACAUCGAAGAAGGCGAUGACGUGUAUUUUGAAUGCAAGGUCCAUGCAAAUCCUAAUGCUUACAAGGUCAUAUGGAAGCACAACGGGAACGUUAUUCAGAACAAUGCGAAAAACGGUGUGAUAGUGCAAGAGUAUAGCUUGGCCCUGAGGAAAGUGAAUCGUUCUCAAGCUGGCAAUUACACUUGUAUCGCUAGCAACGUCGAGGGAGACGGUUACAGCAAUACCGUCGAACUUAAAAUUAUGUACAAACCUAUAUGCUUGCCGGAUCAAAAACGGAUUUACGGCGUGGCGCGUCAGGAGGACGCCCGGAUAAGUUGCAACGUUGAAGCGUAUCCACCGCCGGACAGUUUUCGUUGGACGUUCAACAACACGGAAGAAAUGGUGGACGUGUCCGAAUCCAAGUACAAGAACUCGACGCGCCGUAGCCAAAGCAUUCUUAUUUAUCGGCCGAUGACGGAGAUGGAUUACGGUACGGUCUCGUGUUGGGCGAGUAACACCGCAGGCCAACAGAAUAGCGCAUGCGUGUUUCACAUCAUUCCAGCCGGGAAACCCGAGUCUCUGUACAAUUGCACGUUGUCCAAUCAAACGACCGAGUCUCUCUCGGUGGAGUGUUGCGUCGGUUUCGACGGUGGCCAGCCCCAACACUUCCUCCUCGAGGUGUUCGAUCAGCAAACGGGAUUGCUGCAGGCGAAUAUCACGUCGAAAAGGAACGCCGCUUUCACCGUUCGCGAUUUAGAGGCUGGAAAAAUUCUCAAUAUGGUUUUGUACGCUGUAAAUGCAAAAGGGAGGAGCGAGCCGACCUCGUUGGAAGGUUUCACGUUAAAGGUCGCUGAGAAACAGACCGGUAUACCGGUACCGUUUGAGAUCACUCCGUUGUUAGGAGGACUGAUCGGUGUAGUGACCGCGUUACUUUUCGUCACCGUAGCUACCCUGGUAGCUAUGAAGAUCAGGAACGAGAGGAGGGCUCAGAGGCCGAGCGAUCUACCGUUAAAGAAGAGCGCCGUUCCUAGUUCCGAGGAUUUGUACGAUACCGACGAUCGAAAUCCAGACGUUGUCCCUAUAAACAAAGGUUCGGAUUAUCAAUUGACGGGAUCGAUAUCCGGCACUCCGUUGGCAACGCAGACCACGCCGGAUAGACUUCCGUCGACUUCGCUCUCUAUACAACAAGUGACUCAUCUCCAAGGAUUAUCACCGUAUUCGCAAGAGUAUAACAAUUAUCCAACGUUGUCGUUAUCGAACGAGGUAACGUACGCCGAAUUGUGCCUGUCACGGCCUACGGCAUUGUCGACUUUGGCGACCGACACCAAGUUGACGGGUGGCAUAAGCGGGAUCGGCAGUUUAAGCACCCUGGAGGGUUACGGGAAACCGUGCACCAGAGAAACGACGAUUUACGCUUGUAUAGAUCACAAUAAUACGAGGUCGUUAAAAGGCGAUCCCUCGCCGCCUCCUCUGCCGUUCACAUUGGCGCCCCUGUCGACGAGAAGCACGUUCCAAGACUGUAACGUUUCGACCAUGAGCGGCAAACAUCCGACCAGAGAAGUUGUCACCGUUCGUACACCAUUGAUAUCGACCCAAGAGAGUUGCGUAUAGGGAUGCGAUUCCGACGCGCUGAA